AUAGCUCGUAAUAGAUCGUAUCUUUACUAUAAACAAGAAUUAUACGCGCGAAAAAUGGCUGAAAGCGCAGCGAGUCCGGGCAGCGUGCAUGCGAACAGUCCGCAACAGCCACAACAACAGCAGCAGCAACAACCACAACAACAGCAGCAACAACCUCAGCAACAGCAGCAGCAAUCGCAGCAGCAACCACAACAACAAACGCAACAACAAACGCAACCUCCAGAUAUAAGCAGUUCACAGUUGACAUCUCCGCCGAUCACAGGAACAGGUAAGCUCAUUACUUUCAUUCUGCGCACAUGACGACCAUUUUGCGGUGAGUACAUGGAUAUUUUACAAGAACAUAAAUCGUACUAUUCGAGAAAUAGCCUGACAAUUGAUAUGACAAGUAUUACAAUAUUUAUACAAAGUUGACUGUGUAAAAUGAGAACUCUGUGACAUUUUAACGGUCCAAUGCAACGGUGUGAGAAUUAAAUAACUUAUGGAUUAGAUGAUCGGCGAAUAUGGAAUUUUCACUGCGAUGUGAAAAACCGUAUCGGAAAUUCAAAUUAUCUAUAAACGUACGCGGUGUAUGUAUAUAUGUAGUUAGUUAGAACUCGUAAAACAGGAGAGCGCAUUAUUAUGCGGCUCGGAUGGGGUUAAGCAAUGUGUUACGGUAGAAAAGAUACGUGUCCAAGGCGUAAUGUAUUUAUAUGUGUAUGUAUAUAUAUGUAUAUAUAUACACAUACAUAUAUACAUGCACACAUACCACACACACAACACACAUGGUGUCGGAGCACACCCGCCGGCUUAGCCGGCGGCGUUUGAAAAUAGAUCGGGGAACGAUAAAGUGCCGUGUCGGUGAGCUAUCGAGAGUUUGCGUAAUAAUCGCAGAUAGAUUUAUGCUAGAUGGGAUCGUUGUGAAAACGAUCGACUCGCGAAUCGCGAGGGUGAAGCGUGCCUAUAGACAGAAAUAUCGGAUGAUCGGUAGUAUGGUCUCGAGGCGAUCGAAACGGCGACGCUGGCUGAUCUCUAGUCGCUUUUCUACGCAAUCGAAUUCCGAAAUGUAAUGACGCGAUGUGAAAACGUGCUCCAAAGCACACACGCACUUAGCUUUUAUUCUGUAUUCGUCAAAGCAAAGGUAAUGAAAUAAAAGAAACAUUCUUACUUUUAAUAAAUAAUUAUAAUUAAAUAAUUAUGGUAACACUCUUAGUUACACUAUAAUAUUUAAAAAUUCAAGAAAAUUUUUAACAUGUACGUGACGCUGUUAUAUUUUUCUCUCUUAACGAGAAAUUCCUAAAACUCAUUCUGAAGCGUCAUGGAACAUAUAUAUUACACAUUCUUUCACUUAUAAAUAUUAUAGUAUAGCAUAAUAAGUGUUAAUAUAAUCAUUUAUUUAUCGUUUCAUUUAUUAAAAGUAAUAAAAUUGUGUAUUUUGAAGAGAGGUGUAAUUAAUGCGUUAUUGUAAUACAGUGACUGUUUUGUAAAUGCAGACUUGAUUAUGAAAGGAAAUAUUAUGUUUAUUAAUUCUUAUUAAAAUUACUACAUUAUUCAUACAUCGUAUCUCUUCAAUAAUCCUGUACAAAGAGUACACACCCAUUUCUUUUUUUCUUGUUUUUUGCACGCCAGUUGUGUAACACUUACGAGAGAGCAACAGGGGCCUAACUGACAAAAAUGGACCCGGGAGCGGGUUAUGGUCGGACCUGGACCCCGACCGGGUCCGGAAACGAUUUUGGUGCCGCGGGCGGGGAAAGCGACUCUAGCCUGACAGACGUUUCUCUCCCUUUGCACGCUCUCGCGCCUUCUUCGACAGCCAGGUUCACGCUACCGAGAUAGCCACCAGCCAAGCCCUGGGUGUGCAUCGACACCAUAAUGACGGGUGAUUGAAAUGUCGCGCAACCCGUAGCGGAAUAUUUAUCGCUACUUGUAAAGUAGAACGCUGUUUAUUAGAAUCACGUUUAUCGAAGUCGUUUCGUGCCAGAGGUAAACUAAACUGCCGUAAGCGCACAAUUGUAAAUCAGUUGUGAGCCACCGUUUGAUUUUUUUUUUAAAUCUUCAUUCCUAGUGCAAAAUCGCUGAUGCAUAAUCUACCGUGAUAAGGAAGAGAUCUUCUUUUACAGAUUUAUAGAUCCGUGUAGCGUACAUUUUGCUAUGCAUAUUUUGUUUUGCAUUUUUCGAUAUCACAGAUUUAUGGCUUCAGAGAAUAUUAAACCCAUAUUUUCAUUCAUUUCGCACAUGUUACGUAGAUUUAUUAUUAUAUUUUAAAUUAUGGUUAAAAAAUCGUAAUACGUACCGGAUAACUAGUUUUACAAAAUUUCUUUAUCAUAAAAAUUCUUCUAUCACAAAAAUCAUUGGUAAUAUCGUUUCAUAGAACAUAGAGAUAUCUUUGCUUCUGUCUGAUUGAGUAGUUCUUGGAUCUUUACACUUCACUUGAAUCUUUUUUUCUUUAUACAAUUCGAUUGCACAAAACACGAAGAGAGAUCGACGAGAUAAAAUUUCGUACGUGUGUAUCGCAAAUCAGUCGUUGUUUUAGCAGCUGAGAAUGACUUGAAGCGAAAGAGAAGGAGAAAGAGAGAGAGAAAGACCCAGAUUUCAUUUUCGUUGAUGAGUUUGGCACCGGUCCAACUCGCCUAAAUAUAUACUACCUUUUUCUCCGUCAUUCUCUCACCUUCUCCUUCUCAUUUUCGUCUGAAACAGAUCAUUCCCAGUUCGCGAAGCCAGUGGAAAGGUCUGAGAGUACUGCCGGGAUUUAUCCUAAUAUGAAUUAAUAUAAUACUAAAAUGUAAGAAAAAUUAUAGAGUUUACAUAUAAAUUAACUUCAGGUUUUGUCUUAUUUGAAAUUGUAUACAAACGUACAGCUCAAUUGCAAAGAAAUCUACGGAAAUAAAUAAUGAUGAAUGACCGUUGGCUGCUUUCUACAAAUAUUUUGCUCUGCGGGUGGUGACAAAAUUCUUUGACCCUUUGAUUUUGGAAAACAAAAAAAAA